CGGUCGCUUAAAGAUGUCCCUUUCGAAACCGAUUUACAACCUGCUCGGUUCCUAUCUGGAACAACUGUUCGAGCAUCCGCUACGCACGAAAGCCCUAACGAGCUGCGUUAUUGCAUCGUCCGCAAACUUGGUCUCACAGAAGCUUGGUGGUGCGAAGCAAGUGAACACGGACUCGGUUCUGGCGUACGGGCUGUUUGGGCUGAUCUUCACCGGUCCGCUGUCCCAUUUCUUCUACAGCUGGUUAGAUCGUAUAACGAACGACAGUCGGUUCAAGAAGCUGCUGAUGCUGCUGGGAGAACGGGCACUCUUUGCGCCAGCAAUUACCGCACUGUCGCUGUAUUUUAUCUCGCGAUUUGAGUACAAAAGUCACGAUGAAGCGUUCGGCAAUUUGAUUACCCAGUUUCAGAGCAUUCUGCGGGGCAAUUGGAAAUACCUGACGCUGCCCGUGUUUAUCAACUUCAACUACAUUCCACCGAUGCUACGCGUUCUGUUUGCUAAUAUCAUCGGUUUCUGCUGGAUGGUCGUGCUUUCCACCAAGAGAAGGAAAGCGGAACAGCGUCGUCAGGCAAGUCAGGAGAAGGGCAAGUCUUCCUAA